CCAAGCGGCCGGUUGAGGAUUGCCCUGGCCCCUUUUUCUACAGAGCGGUCUGAGAGCUAGGGAUCCAGUCCUCGCAAGGAUUAACCAAUUCCCCCAGGCCAAAAAGGGUAUGGUAACGGCAGCUAGCAGAGCGGUGCGAGGUUUAAAUGAGAUAUUGUGUGUCAAGUGCCUGGCUAGUAGGUGUCUAACGAAAAAAGUAGUAGGAUCUAACCAAUGUUAGAUCCCUUCCCUUUUUAUCACAUAGUAAUUGAGACCUCGCACGCAGCAAACCCAGGUUACAUCUCGCUUAAACCCACACUGGGGGGUUAGGGAUGAAAGUCCAACCACGUGUUCCAGGCAAAGCAGAUGGUGAGUCACAGUGACAAGAUCUGAAGCCAGGUUCGUGGGCGCCCCCGCGGUCCCAGCCACACAGCACCCAGGUGACUGGCUAAAGGCCACGUGUUCAGAACCUGGAACCAGGUCAAUAUCGAACCUGUCGCAGGGAGCAUAACACUAAAUCGGGACUGUUCUGGGAUGUAUGCAGCCCGCUGGGCCACCGGGAGCCAGUACCUAAACCUCUCUGCGCUUGUGUCUUCGUGUGUAAAAUGGGAGCUCCGGUCCCCGUCUGCCCAGGUGGUUUUUAUUUUCUUCACACUUUUCUGAGUAGCCAGAUGUUCUACCACAGAGUAGUCAGACCACCACACAACACGCCGGAUCAGUCUUCUCUGUGAGCACUCGCUCCUCCGCGGUAAACGCAGCGGACCUGCCCGGCGUGUGGGGGCUUGGCGCCCCACCCUUACCGGGCUCGGGACGCAGCCGCCGUCGGCCGAGCGCCCGGCGAGGAGCGACCCCAGACGGAGCCUUCGCAGCCGCGCCGUCCCCCGCCCCGUCUCCCAGUCUCCGAGCCUUAGUCUUCCUCGCCGCCCUCCUCGUGGCAAUGGAGUGUCCACACCUCAGCUCAAGCGUCUGCAUCACUCCGGACUCAGCCAAGUUCCCCAACGGCUCCCCGUCGUCUUGGUGUUGCAGCGAUGAAGAAGCUAGCUCUGGAACCAGCCUCUUAAGGUCACAGAAUAAAACAAUGGUAAAGCUAGAAGUGUGCCGGUCCAACAAAAGCCCCUGGGUCUGUUUGACUUGUUCAAGUGUCCACUGUGGAAGGUAUGUGAAUGGCCAUGCAAAAAAACAUUAUGAAGAUGCACAAGUACCCUUAGCUAAUCAUAAGAAAUCAGAAAAGCAAGAUAAACCUCAGCACACAGUGUGUAUGGAUUGCAGUAGCUACAGUACAUACUGUUAUCGCUGUGAUGAUUUUGUGGUUAAUGACACCAAGCUGGGACUGGUACAGAAAGUCAGAGAACACUUACAGAACUUGGAAAACUCCGCUUUCACGGCUGACAGGCACAGGAAAAGAAAACUUUUGGAAAAUUCGUCACUAAACACCAAGUUAUUAAAAGUAAAUGGAAGCACCACUGGCAUUUGUGCCACAGGCCUUCGGAAUUUGGGGAAUACCUGUUUCAUGAAUGCCAUCCUUCAGUCACUCAGUAACAUUGAGCAGUUUUGCUGUUAUUUCAAAGAACUGCCCGCUGUGGAGUUAAGGAAUGGGAAAACAGCAGGAAGGCGAACAUACCACACCAGGAGCCAAGGGGAUAACAAUGUGUCUUUGGUCGAAGAGUUUAGAAAGACACUCUGUGCUUUAUGGCAAGGUAGCCAGACUGCAUUUAGCCCAGAGUCCUUAUUUUACGUUGUUUGGAAGAUCAUGCCAAAUUUUAGGGGCUAUCAGCAACAGGAUGCCCAUGAAUUCAUGCGAUACCUUUUGGACCACCUGCACCUGGAACUCCAGGGCGGUUUCAAUGGCGUUUCCCGCUCAGCAAUUCUGCAGGAGAAUUCUGCUCUGUCUGGAAGUAACAAAUGUUGCAUGAAAGGGAUUUACAAGACAAACUCCCUAGAGACAGAAGGAAAAGAAAAUGGAGCAUCUACGGUUGUCACAGCUAUAUUCGGAGGUAUUCUCCAGAAUGAAGUUAACUGCCUCAUAUGUGGGACAGAAUCUAGAAAGUUUGAUCCAUUCCUAGACCUUUCAUUAGAUAUUCCAAGUCAGUUCAGAAAUAAGCGCUCUAAGAAUCAAGAAAAUGGACCGGUUUGUUCAUUACGAGAUUGUCUUCGCAGUUUUACUGACUUAGAAGAACUCGAUGAGACAGAGUUAUAUAUGUGCCACAAAUGCAAAAAGAAACAAAAAUCCACUAAAAAGUUUUGGAUUCAGAAACUACCCAAGGUACUAUGCUUACAUCUGAAACGAUUUCACUGGACUGCAUAUUUAAGAAACAAAGUUGAUACCUAUGUAGAAUUUCCAUUGAGAGGCCUAGACAUGAAAUGCUACUUACUAGAGCCUGAGAACAGUGGCCCGGAGAGCUGCCUGUAUGACCUUGCUGCUGUGGUGGUGCACCAUGGUUCUGGGGUCGGUUCUGGACAUUACACAGCAUAUGCAACUCAUGAAGGUCGCUGGUUCCAUUUCAAUGACAGUACUGUAACGCUGACUGAUGAAGACACCGUUGUGAAGGCAAAGGCCUACAUCCUUUUUUAUGUGGAACGCCAGGCCAAAGCUGGAUCAGAUAAACUUUAAUACCUCCUUUAAAUCAUUAUUUGUCAACUAUACCGGACAAACAUUUCCAGUUUUCCGUAAAUACUUGAUCCGAGAUUUAAUUUCAUUAUGCACUUUUCAAUUUCCUAUUUUUGGUUUAGUUUUGUCAAUGGUAGUGACAUAUUAAACAUGGGCACCAACUAAUUUUUUUUUUUAGUUCUACCAGAAAACCUCAGCAGAUACUUUGAUUUGCUGCUUUAGUUGUAAUAAUUGUUUUUAUAUGUAGUUUCAAGAACUUAGUUCUAUUUGACUUUUUUUAUAUUAAUGUUUUCAAUUCUCACUUUGAGGCACAUUUACAUCAAUGCUUUGUUACUGUCACAUGCUGAAAGCAAGAUAUGUUCCUGAUUGCGAAGAGCAGAACUGCCUGCUGCCUUUCACAGCUGUAAUGGGAGAUCAGGUGGACUCGAAAUCCAGGAUCAUGUGCGCACAUCAUUUGUGGCCCACAAGAUUUCAGUGACUGUCAGUAAUCGUUCUUUUCGAUUGUAAGAGGUAACUGGGAGAGCAUCAUUUAGUAGACCAGGUGAUUGCCGCUCUUGGUAUCUCUCAAGGCUGCUGCUUAUCAGCACUGAUUAAAUAAAUUUGUUGGAUCACUUGUACCUGUACUGCAAAUUCAAGAAUUAGUCCUUUGAAGUUUUAUUUUGUUUCGGGGUUAUUUUUUGCUUGCAUGUGUUUUCAUGGAGAGAAGAGUACAGAAAAGUCCAGAUAAGACCAGAUACAUUUAGUGUUUAAAAAUGUCUGUGACUCAGCUACACGGUAUAGAUACUGUCAGGUGAGGAGACCACAGCUUGUUUGCCUUUAGAACCAGCAUCUAGUUCCCCCACUGUCUGUGGUGCUGGAUGGAAGGAACUACCUGUCCACUUUUGCCUUAUUUCUUGCUUGGCCAUCUCAAGUUGAGAUGCUGACCUCCAGAGCUGAUUUGACCAUCACCUCCACUUCCCAGAAGGAAAUUUGAGUCUUUGCUACUUUGGGUUUUAACAACUCCCACUGGCCUAUCCUGAUAGCAGAGCAAGCUGAAAAUAUUCUCACUGUGAGCAGAGUUUCUAUUCUUGAGUUUGGCAGUCUUGGUUUUAAAACUGUGUUCAAGAAACAUAGGUACAGGCUCCAUUAAGAUUUAACUCAAAUUGAAAUUUGGAACCAGAAUUCCAUCUAAGAAAGGUAAUUGUGAUUUCUGCAAGUGUUCCAGGUUAGUUUGUUGAUUUGGGGGUGGGGUGGGGGGCAGUGGCAGCACUGAUGAAGGAAUCAGAGAAAGGGACUCCCAGAGAGGGUUGCACCUUAGGACUAGGCACUGUUUUCAGGUUCAUCUCUCAUUCCAGCCUUUAUUUUCUUCUCAAGUGUUUACAAGUUACAAGGGGCAGAAUGUAUUUCCUAUUAAGCCAACCUACCAGACUUUUUGGUAAUCUUGUUUUUUUCUAUUAAAAGAAAAAACUGUCAAGUUUUUAAGUGCAUGAAUGUAAAAUAAAGUCUAACAGCUGUCCUCAGGGUGGAUAUUUGAAGUUGCAAGAGAAGAUGUGGCUCCAUUUCAGUAUUAGCUAGGUAUAUCUCCUAUUCUCUCAGGGCAAAAAUCAGCUGCUCAACACUUUAACAUGGCCAGGAGAAAACAGCAAUUGUGUCUAAACUUGUACUAUCCACUAUGGUGGUCACCAGUUAUAUGUGGUUAAAGUUUAAUUAAAAUUAAAUUUAGGGGCACCUGGGUGGCUCAGAAGGUUAAAUGUUCAACUUUGGCUCAGGUCAUGAUCUCUUGGUUCCUGAGUUCGAGCCCCACAUUAGAUUCUGUGCUGACAGCUCAGAGCCUGGAGCCUGCUUUGGAUUCUGUGUCUCCUCUCUCUCUGCCCCUCCCAUUCCCCCCCCCCCCCAAAAAUAAACAUUAUAUAUUUUUUUCAAUUAAAUUUCAAACUCAGUUCUUCAGUCACACAAACCACAUUCCAAGUGCUCAGCAGCCACAUGUGGCAUAGGACUGCUGAGGUCUAGGGCAGUUCUCUUAGAUAGCAGUGGUCUAAAUUUUCACUCCAGAGAAAAAAGCUUUGCCUUUAUGUUUAGGUCUGACACCUUAGAAGAUAAUUAAGAGGGCAACAUGUAUUUUAAAUAGUUUACACUUCUAAAUUACAUUAGGUUGAACCAUAGGAAAUUUGUGGUAUUUGCCUUUUUGAUCUACAAAAGUGAAAGUUUCACAUAAUUUGACCUAAUAUAUUAAUAUAUUAACACCACAUGUACUUGAACUUGGAAUGUGCAUCUUCUUUGAUUUUUGUUCAGUAUCUCCUAUGAAUUCAGGCUCUUUUACUGAGACGGUAUAUAGCUGUGACUUCUAACAUUUGCACUUAGAUUAUUCCCUCUUAAUGGGCAGCUGCUAUGACUUCAACAAUAAAGCCUUGGGCAGUGUUGAUGUUGGUGGAGAAAAACUGUCUUUUCGUACCAAAAGGAACUUAGUGACAGCCAGACUGCUUUGCUGGGGGAAAGUGGUCCUUAGACAGGUAACAUCAUUGGCUUAAGAGAUGGGCACAUCUCCUCUUUGAAUUUUUGGAGUAUUUUUAGUGUUUGAUUUUACUUAAGCAGAAUGUUUGAAUGGUGUUAUGAAGGAAGGCUGUUUGGAAAAGUGAUUGGAUCCAUUUGAACUGUGCAUUUGAACACCAGUGAUGUCAAUGUGCCUAUUCGUAUUUACAGAAUUUAACUGUGUAGCCUUAUCACACCUAUUUUAAAAGCUGAUCUUUGUGUGCUCUUCAUGGCUUUCCCCUUGUGCCAUGUCGUCUGUGUGUGUGUGGCUUCUCGCGCAGAGAGCUUAUGCUGAGGCGGUGCCUCAUGCUGUCACACCUCUCCCCUGGAACAAGAAAACUUCCUCAGAAGUCCUCCCACACAGGUGGGUGAUAGAAACAGUUUGUGGCAACACAAAUCUCUCUCCAUGGUGGAGAAACCUUUGCUUAUCCACUGUAUUCUACUCAGUGUCUAGUGAUGACAAAUGUAAUAGAAUUAAACCAGUGAAGUGUACAGGCCCUGGUCAAGUGCUAAAUGUGUAUCUCACCUGGGGAACCUACUCAGCAGCUUGGUUCUGCAGUUGGGGACAUCUUUAUUUCUUAACAGCCAGACCUCUUUCAUGGGUUUAGUGUACAUAAGUCUAUUUAGAUACGCUUCUCCCACUUCGGCCCCCAGCAUCCCCUCAACUCCCUCAUGUACCCUGUGGCUCAAGUGGCCUCUUCACUCAGGCCCUGAAAAGGCUCGUGAGCAGUCUGUUUCUGCGGCCAGGGCACCGGUCCCAGGGGACUGGGGUGUAGCCCACAGGAACGGGCUGCGGUGCAGGAAGAGGCAGCCACGGGGUGGGUCGUGCUGGAGGCCAAGGUCUCCGCAUCGCCUCGCGGGUCUGAGCAUGAUGGACUCCAGAGCCCCCUGCCCUCCGCCGGUGCUGGUUGUGUCUGAUGUGACCGUUUGCCGCGAAAGCCUCGUUUGUGUGAUGCGAGAGGAUUAACUGUGCAAGUGACUAAUUUCAUUUAUGUUGUAAUCACAUCCCUUUUCUGCUUCACCAACCUGAACUGUUUUAUGGAUGAACAUAUCAUUAAAUUUCUGGUCUCUUU